GGAACACGAGUAAUGACCGUUGUUGGCUUUGCCGCCACAACCGCUCGAAGAUUUCAAGUUGGUGUCACGGACCCUCAUUCAUCUAUCUCGCCUCCACCUUCCACCUACAACCGGUGCUUACAUCCGAAUGCCAAAGGAAUGCAAACCUCUUCUCGCACCUCUUGAUAUCGCUACCAGUACCGUUGUCAGCCAGCUAACACUAUACUUCUUUCUUAUCAGAGAUGUGCAACGCACUUGGAAACUUGUUCCGGCUCAUCAUUGUCACUGCUACUGCCGGUGCUCUGACCUUGUCUGUUUUCACAGCACUGUCAUGUGAACUUGUGGAAUACAAUCAAGCGAAUGGUAUAACAUUUGGGUUCUUCUUUCGAGGGAUUGAUGGCACUUGUGAAACAGACUACUAUACUACUAAUGAUGGUAUCAUCACUGGUUCCAGAUCUGCCCUCAUUAUAUCCAUGUGUGCUGGAUUCAUUGCAGGGGCAAUGGUUCUUUUUGAAUGGCUCUUUUGUGAAAUUUGCUGUGCAGGAGUAAUGGAGGGACUUGCCUAUCUCUUGGCAUGGAUUGCUGGAGGUGCCUCAUUUAUGUUUUAUGGGUCUGAACAAUGUACAUCAGAUGGGUCAGAAUGUGCAUUUUAUGAUGCUUCUGGCUACAUGACAGGAGCGUGUAUUCUCUAUUUUGGUUGCAAUAUCUUAUUGUGUUUCACACCGCAACCAGACCCCCUUUGCAGCAAGUAGUAACAAAUCAACCAAUCAGCACGGCAAGAAUCAAGGAUGGAUGUAAAACGCACCAAAAGACGAGGACCGAUCGUUGAGUAGUAAGUACAGUAGGGGACAACAAGCAGCCCAAAAGUUGUUGUUUGUGUAAAAGGUGCAAAAGUUAAUGGUAUGUAGUGAUCUAAUAGACUUUUUUAAGCUGGUAUGCAAAUAGUUCUUUCAUUUCUAGCUGGCU